CAGAUUUACACAAAAAUUCGAGGCCAUAAAAUGUUGGGUCGUUUAAUCAACAAAUAUCGCAAACACACCCUAAUUGCUUUCCUGCUUAUACUGAUCUUUAUAUUGGUCAAUCAACAGAGCUACGAUCCCAAAAUUGAUGCAACAACACCAAUCGAAUUACUACUCGCAUCGCCAGCGUUAAAAGCCAGCAAUGCAACAACAACAAGUGGCUUUAAGACUCAAGAGGCCCAAAUCAAUCCGUCGAAUAGGUCUUUCUAUGUGUUUAGCAAGAAUUGCAAGAUACCGCAACCCAAUAUCUAUGCCGAGGAGAUUAUGUCCAUGCUGCGUCCAGAACUUGACAUACAAUGCACAAAAGAGCCCGAUUUGGUCAGUUUGAGGUUUAAUGUGACUACAAGGCUAUAUAGUCUGCACAUAAAUAUGGAAGUGGGCGCACAGCUUAAGCCGAAUAUAUCGCAGUUCGCUUGUUUCUACCACGAAGUCUUUCGUGCGGGCAAUGACUCAUAUAGUGGGACGCGCGGUCCGAGAUAUUUUUUACAGGAUGAAUCCGUGCCACGGCAUAUACAAGGCCUUAUAGUGCAAUGCCACGAGUUGCACAAGCCCCUUAAUGUUAUACAACGCGAUGCCUUCGCCUUGGUGCAGUUUCCCGCCAGCCAUGAGAAGCCGGAUCGGUUGCGCGACACUUAUCCCAGCAUUAUUAUACUGGGCAUCGAUAGUAUGUCUCGUAUGCACUUCAAACGAACCAUGCCCGAGACUGUGAAGUUUGUCAGCCAGCCGGGUUGGUAUGAAAUGGAGGGUUACAACAAGGUCGGCGAUAAUACCCUGCCUAAUCUGUUGGCCCUGCUCACAGGUCGUACGCCUCAUCAGUCGCUAGACAUAUGUAAUGUUAAGAAGCCGGGCUGUUUCAAUCAAUUAGUCUAUCUGUGGAAUCAUUUCAAGAACGCCGGAUAUUUGACUGCCUACGCCGAAGAUAUUAGCAGCAUAGACACCUUCAAUUACCUCAAACGGGGCUUCGAUCGCCAGCCGGUUGACUUCUAUUUACGACCAUUUAUGAUGACUGUUGAGUUGGCCAUGACGACCCUGAAGCAUUUCGGCUAUCCGUUCUGCAUUGGCCGACGUCUCAGCUUCUACUAUGUGUAUGAGUUUUGCGAACAAAUGGUAAAGCGCUUCAUUUCCGAAACCUAUAGACCGAUCUUUGGACUCUUCUGGACAAAUAGCUACACGCACGAAAGCUACACGGGUGCGACCAUCCUAGAUGACAAGUUUGCCGGCUUUUUGCGUCGAUUCAAGAAGCUCGGUCUAUUUGAUCAUUCGAUUGUUAUACUGCUGAGCGAUCAUGGCUAUCGUUACGGACCGCUUGUGGAACUUAAAGAUGGGUAUUUGGAAGAACGCCUACCAAUGCUCCACAUAUACCUGCCACCCUGGUACAGAGCAAAGUAUCCGAAAGUUUCGCGAGCGUUGCGCGAGAACCGCAAUCGCUUGAGCUCGGUCUAUGAUCUGCAUCUGGCUCUCAAGCAUGUCCUUAUUCAGUUGCGUCCUGGCAUCGAGUUCGACCGCGAUGUUGGUUGUCCAAAAUGUCGGCCCUUGUUCAAGAAAUUGCCACGCGAUCGCAGCUGCGAGGAUGCGGGCAUCAAAGAGCACUGGUGUACCUGCCAGCCAUACGCGAAAGUACAGCCCGAGUUCUUUAUGGAAUAUCUGGCCAAGAUGGUGGUCUAUCGCAUAAAUAAGCUGAUGCGAAUGAAGCAGUAUGAGAAUAUCUGUUAUCGCCUGCAGUAUUCGCGUCUUGAUAUGGCCGAGCGUAAACUGCAUUUUGAUGAUGGGGGCAACGUGAUUGGAGCGCCCCAAGGCGUCGAGUCCUAUCGCCUGAAAUUCGACACUACUGCUAAAGCCCCACAGACCAGUUUGAAGAAGCUCGUCGCCAAAUUCCGAGUUACGAUCAAGUGUAACAGAGAUCAUUUGAAUGGCGUGAAGAUUCACUUGCCAUUCAUAAGUCGUCUGGACUCAUAUCAGAGUGAGACGAGUUGUGUCCACGAACGUAUAGCCAAGAAGUUUUGCUUCUGCAUGGACGCAGGAGCGGCGAACUUGGCCAAAAAUACAAGCCAAGAAUUGGAGGAUACCUCGCUUUUCCAUGAGGACGAGUAUGAUUGAGGUGUUAAGUACGAGACUUUUGAUUUAUUUCAGGGAUAUAAUAAAGAUGAUGACAAGAUUUAAUUGA